AUGGGCGCCGUCGUGUCCCUCGUCGGCGACGGCCUCCUCGCCGCCUCAGACGUGGCCAAGGCCGUCACCGCCCUCGUCUCCAAGUACAACGCGCUCCUCGCCCGCGCAUCCGCAGACCCGGGCCUGCCGGUGCCGCACCCGACGUCCCCGUACUGGCUCGUCGAUCCGCCGUACCCGACCCUGGCCGACAUGCAGAGCGGGACGCUGCCGCGGGACGCCGACCUGGUCAUCAUCGGGAGCGGCAUCACCGCCGCGGCCGCAGCCAAGUCCUUCCUUGAGGUUUCUGCGUCAGCGUCCGCGUCUUCUUCGUCCUCUUCAUCUUCUUCGCCGCCGCGUGUCGUCGUUCUCGAGGCCCGCCAGCUGUGCAGCGGCGCCACGGGCCGCAACGGCGGGCACAUCAAGUGCUCCCCCAGCGCCGAAUUUGCGCGCAUGCGCUGUAGGCUCGGCGCCGAGCGGGCGAGAGACGUUGUGCGCUUCCAGAUGAGGCACCUGCCGACUCUCCUCGAGGUCGGACGGGAUCAUCCACUGGCUGAAGUGAGGGAGAUGGAGACUGUGGAUCUGUUUCUCCAGCAAGAGGACUUUGACGAGGCCGUCAAGGAGGUCGAGGCGCUCAAGGAGUGGAUGCCAGAGGUCGACGUGCAGGUGCUCGACCGUGAGCAGGCCAAGACGCAUAUUGGCGUCAACGACAUGGUCGUGGGCGCCUUGUCGUAUAGAGCCGGCGCCCUCUGGCCGUCCCGUCUUGUCACCGGCGUCUGGAACGACCUGCUCGCCAACCAUGCCAGCCUGUCCAUCGAGACGCACACGCCUGCCGAGACCGUGUCCAGGACAGGCUCGGAUCCGUCGUAUCCUUACCAGGUACAAACCCCCCGUGGCGUCAUACAUGCCCGCCACGUCCUACACGCGACAAACGGCUUCGCGUCGCGCCUUGUUCCGUCGUUGCGUGGCCGUCUCACCGGCGUGCUGGGACACAUGACGGCGCAACGACCCGGCGCUUCCUUCCCCCGCUGCGACGGGAAACGCUCCUGGUCCGUCAUCUCCAGCCCGGGAUUCGACUACGUCACGCAGCGACCCCCAGACCCCACGACGGGAGAGCCGGGGGACGUCAUGGCCGGGGGUGGGUUUUUCAACAGUCGUGAGCAGGGGCUCGACCAGGUUGGCGUCUGGGACGACAGCCGCGUCGACGCGCUCCCCGUCAUGCACAUUCGCGGCAGCAUGGCGACGGUAUUCGAACCGCAAUGGGGCGCCGGUGGGAGCACGGACAAGGUCUGGACGGGCAUCAUGGGCUUCACGGGCGACAUGAUGCCGCUUGUGGGCCGCCUCCCCGAUAGCAGUGGGAAGGAUAAGGGGAAGGAUGCUGGGGAGUGGAUCGCGGCCGGCUUCAACGGCGAGGGCAUGGUCUGGGCGUGGCUAUGCGGCACCGCCGCGGGUGUCAUGAUGCUGGGCAUGGAGGAGGAGGUAUUGCAGCCAGGCUCGGGGCGACCUGGGGGCAAGCUGGACGCUUGGUUCCCGCGGGAUGUGGUCCGCGUGGAUGCGGCGAGGAUGAAGAGAGCGGGCCUGAAGAACCUGGCGAGGGCGGCGGGCCUGUGA